CGUUCCGUUGUCUGUUAUUGAUCUGUCUGUUGCCCAGCGCUCGUACAAUCUGUGCGAGAAGAUGCCGGCCGGUCCCUAGACACUCAUCUGUCGAACAAGAAACAAGGGCUGCUUUCGAACGUUCAGUUUAGUUCCAUUUCGCCUGGCAAAAGCUUGGCAAAUAAAACACGAGCAAGAGACGCUCGACUUUCUUCUCUGGUCCCAAAGCCGCCGUUUGUGUUAUUGCGAAGUCGCUAAUAUCGUCGACAAUAGCAAACGAAGUCUAUUCUGCGUGUGAAAUAGCGCUCGUGGUCGUGUGUGAGUGCGCCGCCGUAUUUUGGCACGUUUCAAGAAACGGUGCUAAAUAAAGAAAUCGCCUCAUCAUCAUCGAAUAUCGGUCGUGAACGAAGGCACGCCAAAAUGGCCCAAAUGGUGACAAUGGAAUCGAUCGAUCUGAGCGAUGCAACUAUCAGCAUACCGCCUGAAAUCCAGGUGGACCAGAUACACAUCGAAACGCCGGAGGAAAGAUAUGAACGACUGCUGAGAAGAGCUAAAACAGAAGAUUUAUCGGAAGUAUCUGGCAUCGGAUGUCUAUAUCAAAGCGGCGUGGACAGACUUGGGAGGCCAGUCGUAGUCUUCUGCGGUAAAUGGUUCCCAGCCCACAACAUUGAUCUUGAGAAGGCCCUGCUCUACCUGAUAUACUUACUCGAUCCGAUCGUCAAAGGAGAUUACGUGAUCGCCUAUUUCCACACACUGACAAGCUCGAAUAACUACCCAUCACUUCAGUGGCUGAAGGACGUCUACAGUAUACUGCCCUACAAGUACAAAAAGAACUUGAAGGCCUUCUAUAUUGUGCAUCCCACAUUCUGGACAAAGAUGAUGACCUGGUGGUUUACUACGUUUAUGGCUCCGGCUAUCAAGACGAAAGUAAACUCGCUACCUGGUGUAGAGCACCUGUACUCAGCCAUUGCGAAAGAUCAGCUGGAAAUUCCGGCAUACAUCACGGAAUACGAUAUGGCGACCAACGGUAUACAUUACUUCCAGCCGAUCACAAACACAUCCUCGCCAGCAUCAUAAACUUUGGAUGUACGCUCAUUUUUCAACUCUUCGAAGAGAGAUGCAUCUGUAAACGAGAUGUUGCACACCUUUGCAUGGAAAACCUUAUCGCACCAUAAAAACUUAACGGAACCACCAUUCCCCACCCGAAAAUUGCGUCAAGUUUUCGUCUAGAUUUGUUCUCAUCGUCUCUCGAUCACGCUGUAAUCGUGACGUGUUCUAUAGACGAUGCAAGCUGUUGAAUCGUACUUAUUAGAGAAAAUGAAACAGAAAAUAUAUACUAUUCUACCACGAAGAUUACUAAGCGGUAAGCGGAACUGAAACUGAAAUCUUUGCUUCCCUUUCCACCAUUGUUAGGUGAUGUGAGUGUGCGGAAAUGCACCACAAAUCGUAAUUGUGUAGAGGCGAAAUGAAUCAAUCGAAACAGCACAUUUCUUCACUUCUAAUGGACGGAGCGAAAGACUAUACCAACUUACAAACAUUGAAUAUUAUCGACAAGUGCGUUGUCGCGUAACAAAUGCACAAUGAACGUGAGUGUACAUGCGAUGUCAAAGGAAAAUUGUGAAAACAAGACGCAACCUAAAUGCUUCGUCAAGUUGAUGGCGCGAAAGGGGUAGCACAGAAUACUUAUCACUUGCAAAUACUUAGAUGGUUCGUACUCUCAAAUUUACAAUGCUAAAUAGACAACGGCCAAGCCUUCGCAUCAUCGCGCCAGCAGAGAAAUUAAUCAAGCAGAGACCGUAAGCAAAUGUGAAAGAGAUGCACGCAUCCAAUCAUAUUGAGAAGCAAUUUAUUGUGUGAGAAAACCCGAAAGUAGAUAAACGAACGUAACACAUGUUUCCCCUCCCCGAGUAGAACAGUUGAACCGUUGUUAUUGUGCAUUAAGCGUAGGAAGGAGCAUAGUGGUUUGACCAAGAAGUGUUGAACGAAUUUAUGAAUUAACCUCGAGUGUCCUCUCUUCCUUUCCUGAGUUUGGAUGAACUGCUCAAACAGCCAAAUCUAGUUACUUUUAACCAACCAGACGAGCGGUGGUUACUAAACUAAAACCUUACGGCAGUAAACUUAACCGUUUGUUAUAUGCUAUUACGUUACAAAACUGCUUUUGAAAACGCUCACGCAUUGCAGAAACAUUUCCGUUUCUAUGCCCGGAAUGUCUUUCGGAGAAAUUGUGCACGCUGCUGUGUGUGUGUGUGUAGUACAAUUCCAUAUUAUAAUUUUCUGUUCUGCCGUACUGCAAGAAAUGAACUAGUUCUGCAAACUACUGUUACAUAGAUUUAUUGCCGCGACCAGAUGUUAAGAUGGGGAUUAUUAUACAAAUAAAUAUUUGAAGUACUGUUGAAACUGGAUUAGAGUCUGUGGUUUGAAUAUGCAGCGCAAUGCCGCGACACGGAGCAAGCUCAGCGUUUGAGAGAUGGAAAGUAUUAUAAAACUAAUAAUAAUAUUAUCGUAAAGAAAAGGGAUCUAGCAAAGCGUAGCAAUAGAAAAGUUGAUACAUAUAUACAUACACUUAUGUAUAAUAAACACAUACACAGAUUUAUGAGUAAAGCGAGCGAUUUAAUUUUCGCGUAAUAUAUGCGAACGGUUCCAUUAAAUGCGACUAAAUUUGGCGGUUGAAUUGUAACAAAAUACAAGUGAGAAAGAGAGAAGCGAAAAUAGCUUAUUUAUUGUAAACGUUUCAUCACUAGCGUACUUUAUUUAAGUUAAAAAAAAAUUCCUCAUCUGAUGAUUUGGUUUAGGUCGUUUCAAAAAAGCAACAAUUAACAAAAAGGCGUAUGUUGUAUUAGGAGACUCCGUUCACUUUCUUAUAGCCAAUUUGAAUGAAAUAUUUUAAUUACGUUGAACGGUACUCACUUUGUAUUUGUUUUUAAAACCAUUACACGCCGAUUAGUUGCGUGAAUGGUAUGAUUCUUUAGGUUAUCGUGAUCCAAAGCGGAUGCUGCAGAUCUGCCAUAAAUGCCUUAAUCAAAUUACUAACAGAUUAUGUUUCUUCCUAAAUAUAUCUGCUGUACUGGUUGCGGAUUUGUUUAAGGAUAAGGAAACGCAGUAGUUUUCCACUGAUUGUAUCAAAAAUGUCAAUGAAGUGUCUGGACGUUUACUUCAAAAUCACAUUUAACAUCCCAUUUUCAUGGCACUCACUUCUAUUCCGGCAUUAGCACGCCUUUUCCCGAGAAUCUUCGCUUCGUUAUGUGUGUUCCUUCCUAAUCGUCUUGUCUCGUACAUUGGAUGUGCCAAUUUUUCUUCGUCGACAUAUUCUUCUUAGCGAUAAAACAAAAAGUUGAAUGCUACCUAUGAUAGCGGAAACUGAGGCACACUUGUGCUGCAAAAAAUCAUUCCAUAAUAAUUGUAUUUCAUCAUUCACCCACCCCGUCAAAAAAAAAUGGCAACAGCACCUACGACACCUUCAGGGCUUGUAGCGGAAUUUAGCGUAAAACUAGUCACGAUAAUGUAACACUGAAACGAUAAACUUUAAAUCCAUGCUGUUCACGAGAAUUGCUGAAGAGUAUUUGCAUGCAGGAGCAGCAAAGUAAAACCAUAAAUCUUAGCUAAGCGAUUCCAUAAGUUAAUUCGAUUCGAGGCUAAUCUGCGCGAUCACAGCAGCAAAACGAAAUGACAAAUCAAACGCCUACGCCAGCAGCUUACACGAAUAAACGAUGGUAAACAUAAGCAUAUGAGAUUAAUGAUGAAAAAAAAAGAACACAAAUAUUAGUCGCAAAGUUGAACCAACCAAACACCAAUUGAUUGUUUUGUUUACGUUUAGUAAUGGUACGUGAGUCGCAAUCCAGUGUGUGGAAUGAGGAAUAGAAGCGAACCGAGAAGAAAAAUCAACUGAUAAAAAGCUAUUUUAGCUAAAAAUUGUAGUCUAAAUUAAAGCACAUGUUGGCGUGGAAAGUGUCAUUUAACAUGUUGAACCAAAGCUGCUCCUUUAGGGAGAUAAAACGAAGUAACAAAAAAAAAUAUACCCUCUUGAAAGCAUGCUACCCCACGUGUAUCAAAAUGCACACAGGAUAAGCAAAUCAGUAGAUAGAACAUGAUGGUGCAGGCGUUUUGAGCAUGGAAUGCGCUAGUACCUCACGUGCAAACCCAGCAUCACUUAGUGAGCACAUAGUUGAGCCCUAAUUUCGCAUUUUAACUCGCACCUGGCAAGCCGCGAACGAGGCGAUUAUGCGAGCGUAACUGCAGCGAGAUAAUGUAAAUACAUUCGUACAAUGUUCGCGCGAGUUUUAGGAUCGACUGUUUAGUUUAUCGGAAUUGUUUGAAUUUGUCGCGAGUCAGCAAAUGUUAUUACGAAAAGAAAAAAAAUAAGCUCCCAAACUGUUUGCAUCACGGUAGCGUUUAGCAAGCUUGUUUCCUCUGGAAAAGUAGCUUGCAGGACAUUAAGGCAGGUUUAAGCAAAGCUCAAGAAAAGAACUGGUAAGCGUAGUAUAGCUGUUGAGAACAUUUUCCCGCAUACAAGUUGACGCAAGGACAAGAAGGAAUGGGUAAAUUUAAGGAUCGAGAGUGUGAUUCAGAGAAAUUAAAUAUUUGGUUGAUUGG